UUGUUUUGUUUACGUAUUUGUGGCCUAAAGGUUUAAUAUUCGUUGGGCCGCCCGCAAAACAAUCGGCGCUCGCAUUCCAGCAAUCGAUUCAUCGGUACACUCGAGCAUCCCUGCUCCGGCGACGUCGGUCGACAGAAGAAGAACAUUACUGGAGGAGAGAUGUACGGCGCCCAAUCAACCGACGAGGAACCAGAAAGGACCGCCUUCCGGCUUGCAGAGAAGCGCUACAAACUCUACAAAUCCCUGCCUCCCAAGACCCGGAAGAAGCCGGUUCUUAACCAGACGGAUCUGUUCGACGUUGUAGAUUUCCAUGCCAUCUUGGAAUCCGUUGAUCCAAUUGAUGGAAUAUUCAGAUUGGAUUGCCCUGGCUUUGAUCGUCCAGUCUUUUGCUUCAGGGACAGGCCAGGUUUUUAUUUUAUCCCACGUGCAUUAACUAUCGAGGAACAAUGUUACUGGAUUAGACAAAGUUUAGUUAGUUUUCCUCAGCCACCUAAUAGAACCAGCCUUACUGCAAUAUAUGGUCCAAUUUCUGAUUUAUUUGCUGCUGUUCGAAACAAGAAGAUUUUAGUUGAAGCAGAGAACUCAGUUUUGAGUUUGGGUGAUGACAAGAUACAUUCAGGUAACUAUAUAUUUUCAGAAUCAAAUGCCAACACAAGCGUAGAAGCUCAAGGUUCAUUCAAAUCAGUCUCUGCAUCAACACUAUUGAGAAAACUUCGUUGGGGUACACUUGGCUUACAAUUCAACUGGUCUAAGCGCAAUUAUGAUUUCACCCUCCCUCACAAUAAGAUACCUGAGAAGCUAUGUCAGCUUGCCAAGGAAAUGGCUAUACCUGCUAUGCCUUCUGGGGAAGAAUUCCAACCUGAAGCUGCAAUAGUGAACUACUUUGGUCCAAGCGACAUGCUGGGCGGUCAUCUUGAUGACAUGGAAGCUGAUUGGAGCAAGCCUAUUGUGAGCAUAAGCCUCGGGUGCAAAGCUAUUUUUCUUCUUGGUGGAACGUCAAGAGAGGAUGUUCCUGUUUCCAUGUUUCUUCGAAGUGGUGACAUUGUACUUAUGGCUGGGAAAGCAAGAGAAUGUUUCCAUGGAGUUCCACGUAUAUUCACUGAUGACAAACAUGCAGAGGUUUCAGUUCUCUUAUCUCAAUUUUCAGGCGAAGAUGACUGCUGCAUCACAGAUUACAUAAAAAAUUCAAGAAUAAAUAUCAAUAUCAGACAGGUCAACUAGUUGGGAAUUCCAUUUUUUGCAAUAUUUGUAUCAAUUUAUUAUUCACUUUUUAGCUCAAAUGGCUUAGAAUGUGUUAAAAUGCCAAAGUAGAAUUGCAAGGAUAAUGAUGCAUAAUUGUUUGAAAUGGAUUGACUUGAGAGACGCUCAUUUUAUGAUUA